UUUAACAGUAACAAAAAAAAUCAUGAAAACAAUAUCACUUUUGACAGUAAUAUAAAAAGUAUAUAGAAGGAUAGCAGGGUAUCUGGGAAAUAAUUCAAGAUUAGACGUGGUGCAUUGGCAACGCCGCACCCCGCGAAGGUGGCAAUCUGGAACCUUGUAAAAAUAUUCUAUGCCUGAGUUCUUCCAAAUAGUUUUCCAUUAAGUUAGGUAAAGCGGUUCUCGUGGAAUAAAGAACUUUGGAUUUAGUGGUAUAAAUUGGUAGCAAUUAACUUGGCUGUAUUGUUUCGAAAACUUGGUCCGCGAAUAUAUCAUAGGCGGUAAGGGGAGAAAAACGAAAAUUAAUAAUUUUCUGGCCCAUAACAUUAGGAAGAAGCAUAAACGACCAACCUUAAGAUCAGGUACACAGGUCUAAACCAAUAAGCAGAUAUAAUAAAAAAAAUUACUGGAAAUAAAUAAACAAAAUGACGGAUCAUUGCAGAAUAUGUUUAACUCAAAUUGAGAAACUGGACCAAGUCAGUAUUUCGACGAAGGUUGUCGAUGAAACAGUAUUGGAAUUAAUAAUUCUUUGCGCCUCUAUUAAAAUUUUCGAAGAGGACAUGUUGCCAAAAGUCGUGUGCGCCGAGUGUUUUGUAAAACUUAAAGAUUUUCGUGAAUUUAGAAAUACAAUAAUAAAUUCCGAUGUAGCAUUAAAAAAAAAGUUAUCCCAAUCAUUUCCGGCAUGUCAAAUUGAAGAAGUAAGUGGUCAAAUUGAUUCUCAUGAUGAAUGUGAAAAAGAUUUCAACAACCUCAACCAUUCCAACCCUGAAAAGUCUAGUAGUAUCUUGGAACCACAUAAUUUAUACCAACAAACUAAUAAUGACAAACAACAAAGGUCGACCCAUGUCAAGAGAGUUUAUGAAUGCAAGGCAUGUAAUAAAGUUUACAAAAAAGCGGAUCAUUACAACACUCAUAUGACCAAACAUACUGGGGAAAAAAAAUAUGCCUGUGAAUAUUGCCAAAAAAAAUUUGCCAGAAGUUAUUCUUUGGUGUACCAUAGGAGAAUUCACACGGGGGAAAAACCACAUACAUGUGAUAUUUGUUGUAAAUCUUUUGCGACUCCCAGCAACUAUUAUAUACAUAAGAAAAUACACAAUGGAGAACGUAAAUUUAAAUGUACUUUAUGCCCUGAAUCUUUCAUACAAUCUCAAUCUCUUGUAAUACAUGUAAGAAGAAUUCAUACCGGAGAGAGACCUUACAUGUGUGAAAUUUGCAGCAGCACUUUCAUAAGUGGCAGUUCCCUUUUGACACACAAACAAGAUGUGCACCAAAGUAAAGAACCAUGUCCGAUUUGUAACAACAUGUACAGCAGUAGGGUCUUAAAAGCGCACUUACGUAGACAUCAAGAAAAAGAAGAUGGCAUUAAACGGUUUGUAUGUGAUCAGUGUGGUAAAGGCUUUACAUGCAGCUCUAGUAGAAAAAAGCACCUGCUAAUCCACAGUGGUGAAAAACCUUUCUCUUGCGAAAUAUGCAACAAAGCGUUUAAUCAAAACUCCUCUCUCAAAACGCACAUGAAAAUCCACUCAGAUGCCAAACCUUUUGAGUGUGAUCAUUGCAUGAAGAGUUUUAGGUAUAAACAUAAUCUUUUGUCUCAUCUUCAAACCCAUCUAAAGCAAAAGUUCAAUGAUGAUUUAAUAUGCAAUAAUAGUAAUUCUCCUGUAAUAUAAUCCAAUUUUAAUUUUACUGCUAAAAUAAAUUUA